ACAGCUAGCUCUCUCACUUCCGUUCCCGUCUUUCGCUUCCUGUCCCACGUUGCAGCUCCAUCUCUCUCGCGGUACGUUUUCUUCUUUGCAUUCUCCAAUCCAUGUUACUCUCUAAAGUCUAAACCACUUAAAUCUUUCAAAUGCCUCUCUCGAUGCUAUGAUGCUUUGUUUAUGCGACGGGUCUCAAAAACAGUGGGAUGAUUUGACGCUCUGUGUGUUCCACGAUUUCUUCGUCUUCCCAAGACGAUGCAUGAGAUGGGAAUGCGAUUAUUCUUCUCUACCAGACUGCCAGGAGCUGUUUGAGGAUAUAAUUUUGUCGUUAAUGCUCCCAACGCUAAACGCUAAACAGAAAAGCAGGUUCCAUCAGUCUGGGGAAGAAGUACGUUCACACAACGGGAAACCGAGAUUUACCAAACCCACCCCCCCCCCCCAAAAAAAAAAAAAAAAAUUACAUCAAGCAUCCAUGAACACAUACUUUUGCCAAGACCAAACAAAGGGCACUUGAAACCCGUUGGCAAACACAUCCUACGACCCUCGUUUUCUUCACGCAGUCGCAAGCCCACUGUAUAUUUAUUCUGUCUUCCUAAACCCUUUACAUUCCUAAAUUGCCGGCGUUGUCCGCUCCGCUAGCACUGUUGAAGCGAGAGCAAUGGCAACGGAGAAGACUUGGAAGAAGCAAAUCAAUCUGUUCUACUGCCUCGAAUGUGAAGACCUUGCUCGCAAGGUUGCUGCAGAAUCUGAUCAUAUCACUCUUCAGAAUAUCAGUUGGAGGUCUUUUGCUGAUGGAUUUCCAAAUAUUUACAUACAUAAUGCAGAAGAGCUCCGAGGUCAACAUGUUGCUUUUCUUGCAUCUUUCAGCACUCCAGCACUUGUUUUUGAACAACUGUCUGUCAUAUAUGCACUCCCGCGUCUAUUUGUUGCCUCCUUCACUUUAGUGUUACCUUUCUUUCCAACUGGGUCCUUUGAACGCAUGGAAGAAGAAGGAGAUGUAGCAACUGCAUUCACCCUUGCCAGGAUGCUCUCUGAUAUUCCUGUAUCAAGAGGUGGCCCAACUAGUUUAGUCAUAUAUGAUAUACAUGCUUUGCAGGAGAGGUUUUACUUUGGAGAUGAGGUUUUGCCUUUGUUUGAAACUGGAAUUCCAUUGUUAAAGCAACGCCUGCGCCAGCUUCCUGAUGCUGAUAAUAUAGUUAUUGCAUUUCCAGAUGAUGGUGCUUGGAAGCGAUUCCACAAGCAGUUUGAGAAUUUUCCUGUGUUGGUUUGUACAAAAGUUCGUGAAGGUGACAAGAGGAUAGUUCGACUAAAAGAAGGGAACCCUAUUGGACGUCAUGUAGUCAUUGUUGAUGAUUUGGUCCAGUCUGGAGGUACUCUUAUUGAGUGUCAGAAAGUCUUGGCAGCUCAUGGUGCAGCGAAGGUGAGCGCCUAUGUCACCCACGGCGUGUUUCCUAAACAAUCAUGGGAGCGUUUCACUCAUAAAAAUGGCUCGAAGAAUGCAUUUACAUACUUCUGGAUCACUGAUUCUUGCCCUGUCACUGUGAAAGCUAUAGCAAAUAAUGCUCCAUUUGAAGUGUUAAGUCUGGCAGGGUCCAUUGCAAAUGCCCUACAAAUUUGAAUACCAAGAAAGAAAAAUCAUGAUUGAAUAAUAUUUUGAAGCUUUGCGGAGAAAGUGAUUGCUGGCAAAUUACAGCAUCCAUUUACUUCUCUGCAUUAUCAUCUAAACUUUGUACAAGGAAAUUCAUGAAGCUGACUUCAUAUUAUCUGAACUCUUCUGAUUUUAGGAAAGGACCAAUAUUUAGAUGCGUUAUCGAGCCCUAGGGAUUGUUGUAAUCAAAGGGCAUGAAAGCUCCCUGCAUAAUUUGUGUCACAUGAACUUAGGAGAAGCUUCUAAUGAGAUACGAUGCCGAUAAUUGGAGUGA